GCUUCCACAGUUGUCCGGAAGUAUGCCAGUUGUGUAUAUUCAUGAACGGGAGCCACUAAAACUGGACGCUGGUUGUUUCUGUGAGGCACUACAAAGUGAUCGGGGCUUGGAAGAUGACUAGCUGCGUUGAUCUUCAUUCUCAGCUGGUGACCGUCAUGGAUGUCUUAGCCAAAGCGGCUGUGGCAGACAUAUGUAAGCUUGUGGACGAUGGCUACGCGGUUUUACGCUUGGAAAUCUCUCGACGCCAGAAGGAGAACCAAACUCUAAAGAAGAGGCUGCAAAUCCUGGAGCUGAUGAUCGAGCGAGGCUAUGCAAAUCCAGAAGAUGAUCAGUUUGCAGAUGCUGCAAGAUUCAUUGACAGUCAGCCUGAAAUCAGUCCCUGGAGAGACGGCGACCCCGCAGCUGUGGAUAAGUUUGCAGAGGAGACGGGACAGUUGGAACUGCAGUUCAUUAAAGAGGAGAGACUGGAUGGUGACCUCCAGGAAGAAGACCUCCAGGAAGAAGACCUCCAGGAAGAAGACCUCCAGGAAGAAGACCUGCAGGAAGCGGUGGAAAAGGGAGUUGUGAUGCUGGUUCCCACUGAUGAUGGGAAGUCCCCCAGUGCUUCGGAAGACAGAGCUGGUCUCUCUGGGCACCAGAGGAUGAAGCGGAAUGUUUGGGACAGCAAAGGAGCCGACUCUGUCCUCAAGGCAGAACCAGCAAAUGAGACCGUUACCCAAAGAGCUCAAUUCUCAGCAUCGGAAUGCAGUGCAGUGCCACUGAACAGCUUCCCUUACGAGUAUGUAACGUAUGGGGGAACUAGUCAAGCAAAGACAUUCUAUGAUCAGUCGAACGUUGAAGCAGACGGGGAGGAGGACCCAAAGAACCCUGUAAGGUGCUCGGAGCAACGGCCUUUUCCCGUUACAAAGGUUUCUGGUAGCGUUUUUCCAUCGUUACAGUCAAAUAGCGUGAAACCUGCAAGUGUAGCAAUGAGCUCAGUGUCAAUUGACAUGGAAACUGAGGUAUGUCUAGCGUGGACCAAGGAACCCGUUUUGGAAACUGCAUAUGUGCAACAGAGAAGGUAUAAGGAACACAAGGGCGACGCGGAAUCACAGUUGGAAAAUGUCAACGGCAACCAAGUGAAUCGGAGAGAGUCCGUGGCAGAGCAACGAUCCUUCAGCGUCAGCGAAGUAAGGGAUGCAUUCAGUGGCAAUGCAGGCAUCAGUCUUCCGAAAAUCCCUAAAUCCAGUCGCCCGAUUAGCACAAAAGAGAGAAGUUUCAUUUGUACAUAUUGUGGUAAAUGCUUUAGUUGCCCCAAUCGUCUGAAAACACAUCGGAGAAUCCACACUGGAGAGAAACCGUUCAGUUGUAACCAGUGUGGAAAGCGCUUUUCAGACUCGAGCAACGUUAAGAGGCAUCAGAAUACCCACACUGGCAAGAAGCCCUUCAUCUGCACGCUGUGUGGGCGUGGCUUCAGCCAGUCAGGCUGUCUAAUCACGCAUCAGAGAGUCCACACAGGCGAGAAACCCUUCAGCUGCACGCAGUGCGGCAAGCGCUUUUCCGAUUCCAGCAACCUUAAGAGACACCAGAACACUCAUAUUAUGAAGAAAGCAUGCAGCUGCCUGCAUUAGGAAGAAUUUUAUUUGCACACGGACAUUGGUGAGAGGAGGGGGUGGAGUUUGGGAGGGGGUGGAGUCUGUUAUGUAGCUUUCGAAUGACAAGUAGCUGCAGAUUAAUGUUGCUCAUCACUGUUGCCAGUUUGCCACAGAAUGUUAAUGCUAAUAGUACAUAAACAUUUUAACCUGUUGUCCAUUUAAAUGUUACAAUGUGUUAGUUUGCAUAUACUGUAUUCCACAGUACAGUCAUUUUUUUAUACAUUA